AUGUCUUCCCUCAAAGACGCCCUCCACAACUACAAACAGCGCAUCACCAGUGCCAUCUCUUCAUCCCCGGCUUCAGACGGCUCGGCUCCGGCGUCCAAGACGGGGCGGACCGGAUGGCUGGAAACCAGCACCCACGACUCUGUCCUCUCGGAUUUCACCCGUUUCCUCGAAAAGGGUAGCCCGAAAGAAGAUUCACCUAUCUUCAACAGGAAGGAACAAAAAACUCUGAAAAAAAUAUUCACUGCGCAUGCCAACUCAGACAAUUCCUGGACCCAAGAAUCACUAGAGUCCUACCUCAUCACGCAGGUCCCUCAAGAUGGGGAUUUCAAGGCUCUCCUGACCGCAUCUCUGCCGUCUCUCUGGGCAUUGACUACCUACUUCUCCCAUUGGCCGUUCAACACCGCCGCAUCUACCCCAAUCACCAGCUUGACAUUCCCAUCCUUCACGCGUGCCGUCGCCUUCCUCAGCGGGAGGCACUACCUGAUGUUCACCGCCUGGGGUCAUCAAGACAGCAGUUUCAACCGCACCACAGAUCAGCCAGUCCUAGAGUACAUCUUCCGGGCUCUGGCCACUUCCCGGCAGACAGAGCAGAAAUCUUGCUCGUCCACACAGCGAGAAGACGCCCAGGCAUCACUGCGACGCGACAUCCUUGAUGUUCUGAGCGUAGCCCAACCACUCAGAGACCGCAACACAAAGGCUCUCAACCGCACGGAGCUGACGCCUGCAGCCGACAGGCUCUCCCCUCCAGCUCCGCCGCAACUGUCCGACAUCACCAUCCCAACCACCAGCGUGCUCGUCCCGCUUCUCGACCUCUCCAUAGCACUUCUCCAGAAAAUCAGCGAGUUCGACGCAACUCCCUUCCCCAGGACACUCAAGGCGAAGCUUGAGACUGUUCAGGCAGAGGUACAAGGGCAGGACGAUGUGUCAUUCGACAACUACACAAAAUUGCUAGAUAGCGAGGAGUGGGCAGAAAACCACAACAGCGUCUACACUCUAUACGACGGUAUUGCCGUCCUCUUCAACACACUUCCCAAUCCGGAGAGCUUGAAAACCGGCAGGACCGUCAACUGGGUUUCGGGAGAGGAGGAGCCCUUGUAUCUGGGUUCGCUGCGAAGCUUGGGGUCAACCUGGACAUAG